AUGGAAACUGAAUUUGUGUUCGAGUUUAAAUGUAAAGGUUUAAAGUCUAAAUUAACUGUACCUGUCAAUAUACCAGUGAAGGAACCAGUGGAGGAAUUGGUAGGAAGACUUGUUAAAGCCAAAAACUUACCUGCUUAUGUUGUUGAAGAUCUUCAGAAGGACCUUUGCAAGUUUGUAGAAGUUAAGACAGCUGAAUGGAAUGAAAAGAAUGGUGAAGAGGCUAUUAAAGCUGUUUUUGAUAACAAGAUAGAUGAAAACAUUUUAAUUGAUAAAUGGAACAAAGCAUUUACCCAGGAAGUUAAAACAUAUGCCAAGCCCGAAGAAGUAACGAAUGAACAAAUGUUUUCAGAAGUAUAUCAUUCUUUAAUUCAUUCCCCUGCCUUAGAAACUGUGUUAAAUUUAGAGCAUACAUAUGCUUUAUCUGUAGAAGACAUUAUAACCAAUAGAGAUGCUGAUUUAAACCAUCUAGAUUCUAAACAACAAGAAGAAAUGGAAGAAGCGUUGAAUAAUGUUGGUAUUAAAUAUAAUGAUGAAGAUAUAAAUCAACUAGCUCAGAGACAUUUUGAUAAUACACAGUUAAUUUCUAGUAAAUGGGCAAGUGAAUUAAGUAAUCUUAAGGAAACCCAGAAAAGAGAAUUUAAGGAAUGGGUGAUGAAAGUUCAUGAAGAUUCUCAGAAUAAUUCUAUACCUCCAACAUAUUUAUUACGUGCUAUGUCGUCUGCUUUACCUGAUGCAGAAGAUGAAGAGAGACAGUCACAACCUACCAGAUUAGAAGAAAGUUUUACAAUUCACUUAGGAGCCCAGAUGAAGACAACUCAUAAUAUAAGAUUACUAUGUACAGAUGUUCUAGAUUUAUGUAGACAUAAAACACACACUGUUGGUGGAAUUGCAAUACCUCAACCACAACGGUUACAAACAGCCAUGUCAUUAUAUUCUAAUUCAUUAUGUGGUUUAGUUAUAUUAGUAGAUAAUAGAGUCAAUAACUAUACUGGCAUGAAAAGAGCUUUUUCUAAAGUAUGUGAACAGUCAACAGAUUUCCAUUUUCCUGAUUUAGACCAUCGUUAUUCAAUGUUAGAACAAGAAGUUAUAAAAAUGAAUGAAUUAAGAAGAAAAAAGAAAGAAGAAGAUGAUAUGAGUAUUAAAAGUAAUGGAAGUAAUAUUAAUACUGGUGAUUUUUAUAUAACAGAACAUUCUAAUUUAUCUGAAAUACAUGUGGUGUUUCAUCUUGUAUGUGAUGACAGUGUUCGUGCUAGUGAUAUAUCAUCCAGACAUCCUGCUAUAUUAAGUUUAAGAAAUAUCAUCAAGUUAUGUUUUCGUUAUGAUAUUCAUACUAUAACCAUUCCAUUAUUACUUACUCAUGAAAUGACAGAGGAAAUGACUAUACCAUGGUGUAUGAAAAGAGCAGAAUUAAUAUAUAAAUGUGUGAAAGGUUUUAUGAUAGAAAUGGCAACAUAUGGAGCACAAGAAUCAAGAACAAUACAAUUUCUAGUACCAAGAGGACUAUCAGAAGAUAUGUUUAAUAAUAUUAGUAACAUGUUACCAACCAUAUUCAGACUAUCAAAUCCAGUGAUACACAGAACAGGUCCUUAG